UCCAUUACGAUGGGGAAUGGCGUCUUGCUGUGACUCCAUUGCUUUCCUUGGGCUUCCUAGGUCUCGUGGAAAUCGCGGCGGCGAGCGGCGCUGGAAAUAUGAUCGGCUGUCCACCAGCAUCGCGCUGCUUGCGCCUCCGGUGCUCUGCCCUUGCUCAUCCGCGCCAAUCGGCGGAGGUAAGCUAGAGAAUGUAGACUCCGAUUUCGAUGCCGAGGGCUUCGAUAGGGUGGAUGAUGGAUUUGAUUUAAGGCACAGUGGCGGCGGUGGGAGAGGCGAUAGUUUUCUGCUGUCGACCUCAGAGCUUGAGGAACUUAAGAGGCUGGAGGAAAGCACUAGAGAAGUUAGUGGCGAUUCUUUUCGAGCUAUUCUUUCUUCGAGGCUAGAAAAGGCGCAAGGAACGAAUUCUUCUUUGUCAAUCCAUGCUCCGUCGGGUGCUCCUUCUAGUCGAUGGUCUGGCAGAGGCAAUCGCUCAAGUUCUCCGAGUGAUAAAUGGAACCAAGCACAGUCCAUCAUAUGGAAGUGGUCGAAAUCUUCGCAGAGCUCCAGUUCUUCCCAGUUGCCUCAAGGAGAUCGUCUCAUCAACAUUGACGAUGUGAUGAAAGCUCUUCGAGGCACGGCUACUAUGGAGGAGCUUGAAGCCGCGAUGCUGCCAUGGAAAGGAAAGAUCUCUCCGAAGCUCAUGGUGACGAUUCUAAACAUGCAAGACGACUGGCAGCGAUCACUGGCUCUACACGACUGGAUGAUCGAGAAAGGUGGCUACGCUCCAUCCAUCUUUGCUUACAACGUUGUUCUCAAGAACGUUCUUCGAGCGAGACAGUGGGAGCUCGCCGAGGGCCUUGUGCUUGAGAUGGUCGAGAAAGACUUGGUGCCGGAUAAGUUCACUUUCUCGACGCUUAUCAGCGGGUAUGGACGAGCGAACCGGCUGGAAGAUGCAAUGGGAUGGCUGCAAGAGAUGGAAGCAGGAGGAAUCAAACCGGACCUUGUUAUCUUCAGCACAUUGAUCGAGCUCGCUGGUAAAGUCAAGGACUACUCUAAAGCAACAUCACUCUUCUCGAAACUCAAGGCUUCCGGGAUCGCUCCUGACAAGGUGAUCUACAACUCCAUGAUAAAUCUCUACGGGAAGGCAAAAUUCUACAAGGAAGCGCAGGGUCUUCUAGCGGAGAUGAAGGAGGCGGGGCUUAUGCCGGAUACUGUGAGCUACACUAUUCUCAUCAACGCUUACGCGGAGUCCCAGAAAUAUCUGGAAGCCAAACAAGUUUUUCUCGAGAUGAAGACGAAGGGGAUUCAACUUGAUGUCACGACUUGCAACAUGAUGAUCGAUGUGUACGGGAAGCUGGAGAUGGUCAGAGACGCGGAAGAGCUUUUCUGGAGCAUGAGCAAGACACUGGGGAUUCAACAAAACGUCGUCACGUACAACACCAUGAUCAAAGUUUACAAAGAGGCCGAGUUGCUGUCGGAGGCUUUCAACGUUUUCUAUUACAUGCAAAACAAGGGAGGUGUGGAGCCGAAUGUCAUCACCUACAACACGAUACUCUUCCUGCAUGGACUGACGCUUCAACACGAGAAAGCCAUGAGGCUCGUCCGGAAGAUGCAGCAGCGAGGGAUAGAGCCAAAUGCGGUGACUUACUCGACUUUGAUAUCCAUAUACGGGAAGACUGGAAAAUACGAUAGAGCAGCAUUCCUCUUCAAGACGCUGAGGGAGAAGGGAUUCGAGAUGGACGAGAUUUUAUACCAGUCAAUGAUCGUGGUGUACGAGAGGGCCGGCUUGGUGGCUCAUGCGAAGCGUUUGCUCGAAGAACUUAAGCAACCGGACAUCGUUCCAAGGGAUACAGCAAUCAGCAUCCUAGCCAAGGCAGAAAAACUGGAGGAGGCAGCGAAGCUUUACUGGCGAUCACACGAGGCUGGAGAGAUCAAAGAGUCGGUUACAUACAAGUCCAUGAUUCAGCUCUUCAUGAGGAACAAGAGGAGCAAGAACGCAAUCGACGUUUUCGAAAACAUGCGAGAGAGCGGUUUCUUGCCCGACUCGGAGACGACUGUGGUGCUGCUAGCAGCUUAUGGCCAGCUCCGUCAACUCGAGGACGCUGAGAAGCUCUACCUGGACAUGCGCGAGCGGGGGUGCACGCUGGAAAAGGAAGUCCACUUCCAGAUGCUCAAACUGUACGGUGACGCUCGGAAGAUUCGGGAGGCCGAGGACAUGUUUGCGGCGUUAAAACUCGAAGGCCUCGACGGGGACGAGCUCUACCUUACAAUGAUCCGGAUUUACGAGCGAGCAAGCAAGCUCAACGAAGCAUCGAGGCUCUUCUCCGAGAUGAAGUCACGCCAGCAAGUGGGAGGAUGAAAAUCUGGCACAGUACAUACAUAUGGAGCACGGAGAUCUGGACCAAGUUUCCAGCAGCAGACCGGGAACAGGAAUCGACGAAAAAUGGAGGAAAAGGUGGUGUUGAUUUUGCUGGAUCCUAUGUCAGCCACUACAAGGAUGAUUUCCGCAGCUUCUUCUUCUAGAGUUGAUUGAACGGGUCAUCCACAGGACGUGUUCGUGUUUUGUGGAUCCAAAGCACACUAGCAGUUCGUGCAAAGGAAGACUUUCACAUGUGUUGCCAGCCAGAAGAGUGUCACGACGUUUGACUUGCACUAAACAACGCUCUUAAGGUACUCGUUCAUCCCAGCUUUUACAAAUGCCACUGCAAAACAGGAUGUCAACAGCGAAUAAUUGGCAGCGGCCCACGACAGAGAGUUGCGUGAUUAUCUUCAAACUUCCAGCGUAUCUCUCUCAGGCUCGGCCAUUUAACAAGUCGGUCGUGGACAGGAAAAGCUCCAGAUCAAUCAAACACGAUGCCGCUCGAGAGAAAAGAUUAUCCUUGAAAACACUCUAAGCAGCAACAGUGAUCAAGUGAGAUUUCGUAGCUUCCAAGUGGAACCAACGAAAGAACGAAUCGGUUGGAUGUGUAAGAGGGCGAUUUUAUGAGCCGUGUGGUGAGACGUUCAAUCGGCCACCAAACGAUAUAUAUCACAGCACCGGAAUGAAGAGCCUUGCUCGUCUCGCAACAUAAAAAACAAGCAAAGCUUCCUGAGUAACAAACUUUGAUCGAUUUAUAUGACCAACCAUAUCGUUGUAUAUUGUCUCGCAAUAGACUAUAAACUAUAUGGUACAUGGUUUUGGUCUUUAAUGAGAUAUCUGCCUCGCAUUUAAAGUU